CGCGAUAUAUGUUUUAUUUUGUGUGCUUGUCAGUCUGAUGUUAUUUUUUUCUAGUUGUUUUGCCGGGCAAGUUAGGGAUGGUUAAGUUCCUUUUCACGAAGCUGAACGAGUACUACACAACUCGGAAUGACUGAUCAGCUGGAUGAGAUCCUAACUCCAAUGCUUUUGUUUCUUCUGUGAGCGUUUUGUACGUGAGAUAUAUGUUGUGUCAGGGCCAGUUGGUGAGCGGGACCGCGACGGUCACGCCCACUUCCAUACCCGCUAAUUGGAGGAUUGAUUACAUGACGGACAGGUGACGUCACGUUUGAAUGGGGCAUAAUGAGAUGACAGAAGAGUGACAGCCGGCACCGUUGACACCUCGCUGGCAGGUUGUUGGCUACGGGCUGUGAGAAUCGUCACAUUGAGACAUAAACGGAGCCCAGACUGCUCAGACGGGACACAACUUCCUAAUGCUUCGGGGUUAACUAUAAACCUCGCGGCAUCUCCACUGUUGGGUCAUUAACAAAAUCGACAUCCGUGUGUACACAUCUCCACCGGUGUGUUAUCGCUGGUACGGAGGAAGAACUGCCGAUUAGACCCCAGGAAAAUACCGCUUGUCCUGCAAGUUUUUCUUAUUGACAACUGGUUUAGGCCCUUUUCCUGCUGUCCAUUACAACCGCUCCGCUGGACUUACGUUUCGGGAAAAAAUCGCACCUAAUGGGACACAGUUUUGAGAGAACUUAGUCGUGCAUAAAAUGUGAGUGCUAUUUGAACAGCGAGUGACUGAGUGCUGCCAGUGUGGUAUAUUACUGGGAUCAAGCUUUGGACUCCGACGUGACUGUUAGUCUUUGCUUCGUGUGACUCGAGCGCUGGUUGCGCUACUUGCGUGUACAUGUGGUAGCUGUCGCACGGUGGCUUGUAUUUGACCAACGGCUCUGUUUGUACACCGAUCAACGCUGUGCAUACACAAAGACACGGACUUGUGAGUAAAAAAAUCUUGCGGCUCUGUAUUUCAUAUCGCGCUGGUUAGGCUAGAGGGAGACAUGGCUUUCUCCACAGCUCCCUCGCUUCGGUGUGUUUUCAUCGUACUCUGGAUGUCUCUUACUGCAUGUGCAGCCACCAGGGACGUCAAAUGUGAACCGAUAACUAUUCCCAUGUGCCGUGAUAUUGGCUACAACAUGACUUACAUGCCCAACCAGUUUAACCACGACACACAAGACGAGGCAGGGCUGGAAGUGCAUCAGUUUUGGCCGCUGGUGGAGAUCCAGUGCUCGGCGGACUUGAAGUUCUUUCUCUGCAGCAUGUACACGCCGAUCUGCGUGACCAACUACAACAAGCCGCUGCCGGCCUGCCGGUCGGUCUGCGAGCGAGCCAAGGCCGGCUGUGCCCCGUUGAUGCGGCAGUACGGAUUCGCCUGGCCAGAGAGGAUGCGAUGCGAAGACCUUCCGGAGUUCGGCAACCCCGACCAAUUGUGCAUGGGAUUCAACACCACCGAAAAGCCUACCCCUAAGCCGACCAUACCGACCAUCACCAAGCCCCGUCAACCCCGGCCAACGGACAGCGGCUGCCCAUGCUCCUGUAAGGACCCGUUCCUGCCAGUCCCACCACAGCAUCCGUACUACAACCGAGUAAGCACCGGGGAGGUCGCGAGCUGUGCGACACCUUGCAACGGUGCCUUCUUCUCGCCCGACGAGAAAACAUUCGCCACCUUCUGGAUUGGAUUAUGGUCGAUCCUGUGCUUCGUGUCGACACUGACGACCGCCCUUACGUUCUUGAUUGACAUGGAGAGGUUCAAGUAUCCUGAGAGACCUAUCAUCUUCCUGAGUGGAUGCUAUCUGUUCGUCUCCUUAGGGUACAUCAUCCGGCUCAUCGCUGGCCACGAAACAGUGGCAUGCAACGGAGAGUACAUCAGGUAUGAGUCUACUGGCCCGGCCGUCUGCACCAUCGUCUUCCUCCUCAUCUACUUCUUCGGAAUGGCCAGCUCCAUCUGGUGGGUUAUCCUCUCUCUGACGUGGUUCUUAGCAGCAGGUAUGAAGUGGGGCAGCGAGGCUAUCGCCAGCUAUUCCCAGUAUUUUCAUUUAGCAGCCUGGCUUGUCCCCAGCAUCAAGUCCAUCGCGGUGCUGGCCCUCAGCUCUGUGGACGGUGAUCCAGUGGCCGGCAUCUGCUUCGUGGGAAACCAAAACGUCGAGAAACUCCGGGGUUUUGUGCUUGCCCCACUCUUCGUCUAUCUCAUCCUGGGAGCAAGUUUCCUGAUGGCUGGGUUCGUCUCCCUGUUUCGCAUCAGACAUGUCAUCAAAGCUGGGGGCAGCAAGACGGACAAACUCGAGAAGCUCAUGAUCAGAAUCGGGGUUUUUACCGUCCUGUACACAGUGCCAGCCACCAUAGUGAUCGGCUGUUACUUUUAUGAGCAGCACGCCCGUGGCAUGUGGGAAAGGACUAAAACAUGCGACUGCGGCAACACAGAAGUUUCCCAACCUGACUAUUCGGUAUUCAUGCUGAAGUAUUUUAUGUGCCUUGUCGUUGGGAUCACGUCGGGGGUCUGGAUCUGGUCAGGAAAAACUCUGGAAUCGUGGAAGCGAUUUUAUUAUCGGUUGUUUGGUAAGAGAGAACUUGACAGAAUCGGUAAGCCAACUAGCCCAAAGGCCGUUCCAUUAGCACAUGUUUAAUCAAACUGCAAAGACACUAGAAACCAUUAAGUGCUUUCAAGAACUUGUUUAACGUAUAAUAUAUUACUAAUGUGCUAUGUCGACGUACGCAUUGCCUGAUGUAUUGCUACCCCUUCGAAGAACUGGCAACUGAACACAAAACACUGAAGAUGUGUAAAGAAACUGAUUUUAUAUUAAGCUUUUAUUAGGCACACUAUGCCCCAUAUUAUGUACCGUAUCUCGCGAUGGAUUACAUUCUGCUUAAAGGAAGUCCUACGUAGGCUUGUAUGUCUGAUUGUUUUAUCCCCGCCAUGGUUGACUCUUGUUGUCCCCACUCAAGCGAGCGGGUAGCAGCAGAGCAAACACUGGUUACAUCACCCACGUCAACACGCUCUCUGCUGGCGUUCAAUGCACGCUAAUGAAAGAUACGGGUUUCUAAAAAACUUUCUCCCCUUUUGUUCGUAUGUGUACCGUGUUCUUAGCGGGACAAAUGCUGGGUAAACGGUGCCAUACCCCACUAAUGGGGGCAGUGAGUAAAGAGUGUAUUGAGCUUUGUUCAAGCACAGGCAGCAAAGGUUCUUUUCAAAGACGUGGCCCAGUAACCCCACUCAGUGAUUUUCGGGUACAUGUUUUCUU